GUGUGGCCAAGGGAACUUGAGGAGGCAUCUGCAUGUUCUUGGCGAGGCAGGUUAGUGGCUUGGAGCAUGCGCUGGUGGGAGAAGAGGAGCUGAGGGGACGGGGUGGCAGGAGUUGUGUGUCAUCCGGGGCCCCAGGGUCUGCUGGUGGGUCUAGAUAGCUGAAGGUGCCCAGUGGGAGUGUGGUUUGGGCACACUGAGGCACAUUGAGGCGGGGACAUCUCUUAGACCCAUGGUAGCACUGUCCUGGACAGUGGGGUUGACGGGUCACCAUAAGAGGCCAGGCCUGGGCAGGCGAGGCUGGGGAGGCAGCUCUGGGAAGACGGCCUGAGCGCCUGGGCCCUCCCUGCUCCUGGCCCCUCUAGGAUGCCAGCGCCUAGGCAGCUGGGGCCCUGGGCUGUGCUGUGUCUUUAAGAGGGCCUGUGUCUGUCCUUCCUUCCACUGACGUCAGGGAUAGGGGAGGGCCGAGGAAAUUUGCUUUCCUUUUCCUAGAAAGGGGAGGAGAUUAAAACUGAGUGGCCCAUGGUGGAAAGAGGGGAACUCCAGGGCUGCAAGAGGCCCCUGAGUGAAGGCGGAGGCUAACAUGGGGUUCGGGGCGACUGUAGCCGUUGGCCUGACCAUCUUUGUGCUCUCUGUUGUCACCAUCAUCAUCUGCUUCACCUGCUCCUGCUGCUGCUUGUACAAGAUGUGCCGUCGACCACGUCCGGUCGUGACCACCACCACGGCCACCACUGUGGUGCACGCCCCUUACCCACAGCCCCCAAGUGUGCCGCCUAGCUACCCUGGACCAACCUACCAGGGCUACCACCCCAUGCCCCCACAGCCAGGGAUGCUGGCAGCACCCUACCCGACGCAGUACCCACCACCCUACCCAGCCCAGCCCAUGGGCCCCCCGGCCUACCAUGAGACAUUGGCUGGAGGUGCCGCCACACCCUACCCUGCCAGCCAGCCUCCUUACAACCCGGCCUACAUGGACCCCCCGAAGGCAGCCCCCUGAGCACGCCCCUGCAUCUCUGGUUGCCACUUGAUAUGUCGUGUGUGUGAAUGGGUAUGCAGGCACGGUCCUUCUCUCCCCGUGCGUAGUGUGUGUGUCCAGUUUGUACACAAGGAGUCUUUUGAUGCUGAUGAGGUGGGGAACAAUCCUUGCCAGAAUUGCUGGGACCAUAUUUUGUUCUCUUCCUCACUUGAAAUUAUGCUUCCUUGAAAUCUCAAGCAAAAUUAAAAAAAUGGGUGAGAGUUCUUUUCCAGACCACCCCAGGGAGACCAGUUGUGGCUCAUCACACUAGAAUAGCACAGCUUUCUGUGGGCAAGCUGCAGACGUGUUCUUGGCAGAACGGUUAGCCAUUGCUCGAGGCCAUAGCUUGUCCCCAGGGUGUGCGGUACCCUUGGAAGAAUCAGAGCCAUGAUGCAGGCAAGUGGGUGUGGCUUGACACCUGCUUACGUAGGGUUUCAAUCCUUUUGGCAGAUGUCGUAUAGAUCCUCGGAGCCUGUACCAUGCCCAGUGGAGGGUGGGCAGCCUUCUGAUAAAACAACUUGAGCAGAGCCACACCCACCCCUAAUAAUGUCUGCCUGGACUGCCCUGCAUCCUCCCUGGGACCACCGGGAGGGCCACAUCCACCCACAGUUCUGGCUUCCCUUGCUGGCCCUGGCCCCCACCACAGGUGGGCAGGGUGGUCUCUGUCUACCUACACACUCAGGUGUCCUCCCUGCAGUGUUUUUGUUUACUUUUAGCCAAAUAUUUUGCCUGUUUUCUGUUUCAAAAUGUGUGUGAUAGUUGCCGUGAGGCUGACACCCCUGGGUCCUGGAGGGAAACUGGGCCACAGAGGAGAGGCACCAUCUGACCUCUGAUAGUUCCUGCUUCCCCUGACACCAGCCUCACAGAAUAUCCAGCUCCUGUACACUAGUCGACACUUUGUCCUGGCAGCGGGGACACCUGGGCCAACAGGCCGUCUGGACCAAAGGUGGAGGGGGGCCCUGGGUGGCUGCUCUGGCCCAGACAUGAAUACCUCGGUGUUCCCUGUUCCUCUGUUAAUGUCUCACCAGAUCUGUCUUAGCCUUGUACUUGUUCACGUAUUUUUGAGAGUCUAGGGUCUGCACCCUUGUUUAUAAUAAAUGCAAACAUUUGGA